AUGCCAGCCUACAGACCAAGUAAUAGAUAUAAUAGAAAAAACUACUUUACCCCUAAGCCCACGACAAAUAAGGGAAAACAAUAUAGAAAGUACUAUCAUCAACAACCAUCCAAGGUAGUUUAUGUUGAGGAACCAGAUAGCGAACUUGAGAGUGAACCAGAAAGUGAAGAGACUGAUUACAGCGAAGUUGAAGAUAGUGACAUAGAGUCAGAAGUAUACGAGUUCGACUUAAACGAUAAUCAACAACCGGAAUUUGAACAUUACGAAAGUAGUGAUUAUGAUACUGAAGACUAUAAUGAUAUCAUAGACUUGAAUGACGAGUUAGAAAAUGCUGCUAUUGAUAGAUUAGACUCAAGAGGUAAAGUUUAUGAUUUAAACGAUGAGUUAGUAAGAUACUAUGAUGAUUCUGAGUCUGAUUCUGAUUCUGAUUCUGAAUUAGAUUCUGAUUCCGAAUUUGAUUCCGAAUUGGAAGCUGAAUUAGCGUUGUACGAACCUGAAGAAAUAUUGGACAUGAUUGACUUGAAUGACCAAUUACAAGCUGAGGCCUUGAAGCAAAUCACCGGUGGUGAAUACGACGAUGCAUCCAAUGAAAGUGUUUCUGAAAGUGUUUCUGAUGAUUCUGAUAUUGAUUCCGAUAGUGAAAGUGAAAGUGAAACUGAUCUUGAUAUUGAAUAUUCAUCUGACGAAGAAGACUUGACCGACCAAUUACAACUCGAAAAUGUCAGACAAGUAUUUGCUGAUGAUUUAGUCAGUGAAGACGAAGUCUCAGUACCGUCUGAAUCUGACUUAGAUUCUGAAACCGAAUACAUAGAAAUCGAAUCCGAUAUGGACUCUGGCUCUGAAGAUGAAUCAAAAUUUGACAUAUGCGAUGCAUGUGAUGCUUUUUAUGAUGAGUCCUCUGAUUCAUCUGAGGAUGAAGGUGUUACUAUUUACAGACAUAGAUUUGACUUACCAGAUAGCUACGGUAGUGACUACGAAAUUGAAUCAGACUAUUCUGAUGAAGAAAUUCCAGAACAAUUUUUGUUACGUGCUGAUGACUCUGAUGAAGAAAUUGCUAUAAUUGAUUUAUCUGAAGAUUUACAAAACAGUAAGGACUGUGAAUUAGUGGACUUAGAUGAUCACACUUAUAAAUUAAACUUAAGGUUCCCAUCAAUAGUGAAAGACGAAUUAAAAAUAGAUUUCAUCAAAAAUAAGAAUGAAUUAGUUAUUAGUGGUAGAUUCAAUUUUGACGCUGAUAGUGACGACGAAGGAAUUGAAGAAGAGAUUCAAGAAGAAAUUCAAGAAAUUGAAGGUGAAAAGAAAGAAGACAAGCAAGCUAACAAAGAUGUCGCUGAAGUUCAAGCUUCAUCAUCAUCGUCAUCUGAAUCUUCGUCAUCAUCAUCUUCAUCCUCAUCGUCAUCCUCAGAUUCGGAAUUGUCCGAUUCGGAAUCAUCAAGUUCUUCUGAAUCUGAUGACUCUGGUUCUGAUUCUGAAUUUUCGAGCUCAGACUCCGACAAUUCAGACUCUGAAGAAGUUCAAGAGGAUACCGAAUCUUUAAUCCAAGAUUUCGCUAACCACGAGAUUAGAUUUGAAAAGCAUUUCCAAUUUGACAAAGUUAUAAAAUUCAAUGAAAUUAAAGCUAAGUUUUUAAGAAAUGAUGAAUUAGAAUUAAUAAUUCCUAAUGAAAAUCAAGAGAACAUACUUUCAAUCAAUGUUGAAAGUGAAGAUGAAAGUGUUAUUGAUGAAAGUGUUAACCAAAUCGAAGGUUCGAAUGCUAGCGUGGAACUCGGUGUUGAAAGAGAUGAACAAUAUGAAGAUGCAUCAAUGGAACAAUAA